AUGAUCUGGCUUCAAAAACUCGACGGCCCUCAAACUGAUUCAACUCGUCAUGCUCCUGUGGCUCAGCUUCCUUUGGCUCAUGUUCCUGCCGCCCAAGCCUCUGCUACUCCUCAUCCUCCUGUCGUGAACUCUGCCUCUGGUGAUCAACGUGGUCUCGAUGCUCUCUCUGACCGUGAACUGUGGGCUGCUGUCGCUCGUGCUUCAUCUUCCACCACCUUUUUGGAGAAGUCGUUUCGUGCAGUUCUUGAGAAACUUGCUGAUUCCAAAACGCCCCAACAAGAAAUUGAUGAUUCUAUCCUAGUUAAUAAGGUUUGUUCUCAUCUGAACAUUCCUGCCCCGCUUAGUAUCCAUCGACAUCCAUGUAAUUCUCGUUUUAGACCGGUUAAAAUCCAAUUUUCCUCUGUUCAUUCUCGCAAUAUGUUUAUUUUUGGUUUCAAAAGAGCCGUUUCUGCGCUUUUUCAAAACACCAUUGUACCAUAUUGUCGCGUUCGUCGUGAUAUGAUUCCUCAUGAACUUGUCCUCCUUCGCCGCCUUCGUCAUCGUGUCUUUGUUCUCAAUCAAGACGAAGGCAAAUUGCGGUUUUAUCUCAGAGACCUCACCAUUGUUGAAAGGUCCAAAUGUAUCCCUUUGCCUGUACCUCGCAACACGAACAUUUCUGUUAAUACUAAUUUUACUCCUGUGAACAAUAUUUCUUUUAUUUCUAACCCUGUUAAUGUCAACUUAUCGGCUAAUGUGAAUGAUAUAUCUGAUACUAAUUCUAUUUAACACUUGUGAAUUAUCAUCAUCUGGUGGGUCAAACCUUGUACAUAAUUUGAAUUCUAACUCUUUUUCGCGGUCUUUCGCGCCCUCUCCCCCGCGCUAACUCGAUCUGGUCAAAAGUUGUCUUGCCUUUACGCAAAUAUUCGCUCUAUUAGAUCUCCCUCCAAAAAUUAACUUGCUUUUUUUGACCAUUUAAUUACUAACAAUAUUGAUUUAUGUUUUUUUAUCUGAAACAUUUCUUGAUUCAACAUGUCAUGAUUCUCUUUUUUUAACAAUUUUUUUACAGUUUCGUACGGGUAGAUCGGCCUACAAGCUCCUCUCGUUGUGGAGGUGGUGGAAUCAUCAUUUUCUUCAAAAAAACACCUGGGAAUCGCAGAAGUGGAUUUAG